AUGAUGAACAACAAAAACGCUAGCAGCAGCAGCCAAGGGCAGCAACAGUCCUCCUUGGUGGUAACCCAGAUUCCACGAAAGAAGCAAUUUUACAAAACGAAGAUGUGCCCUUGGUUCUUCUCUGGGAGGUGUGAUAGAGGCGUCGACUGUUUAUUUGCACAUUCACAAGAAGAAUUAAAUCCAAUACCUGAUUUAUCGUUCACCAGUUUAUGCCCCUUUGCCAAAAAGGCAGGAGUAUGCAAGAAUGAAAAAUGCAGUUAUGCACAUUCGGUUUGUGAGUUAAGGCCCACCGGAGAUUUAUACAAAACGGCUCCAUGUACAAAAUUUCUCAGAGGAAAAUGUAACGCAGAAUCACAUUGCAGGCACGCGCACUAUAUUGAAGAAUUGCGUCCCUUACCAGGAAAUCAGUCACCCUCUCAAAAUGCCAUCAAUCUUAUGCUCGCCGCCCCUAUGGCUGGUUCCACUCAGAAGGUCAGCAAAAAUAAAAAUGGCGGAAAUGGGGGAAGCGGUGGCAACAGCAGAAGCAACAGCACCCACGCGAACCAACACAAUCAAAGCAAUCACAACAAUCAAAGCAACCACAACAAUCAAAGCAACCACAACAAUCAAAGCAACCACAACAGCCAAAGCAACCAUAGCAACCAUAGCAACCAUAGCAAUCAAACCAGCCAUAGCAAUCAAACCAACCAUAGCAACCAUAGCAACCAUAACAACCAGAGAAACGGCAAUGGAUACUUCACGGAGGAGAAGAAGAACGCCGAAAACAUUUUGAAGUCGACGAAUUCCUUACUCUGCAAAUUCUCCUCACAAAAUGGAGUGGGCAGUAACCGAUUUAGCAAAAAUUUCGAAAAAAAAGGAACGCCGGAAAAUAAUAUAAGUAGCAACGUGAAUAAUGGAGGUGCAGCUGGUAGCUUGAACGAAGGAAUGAUUAACUGCAACGUGAACAACAACAUCAACGGGAAUAUGAAGAAUAACCUGAGCGGCAACGUGACGAGCAAAAUGAGCAAUAAUAUGAAUAACCAUCUGAAGAACCACAUGAACAAUGGAAGCAUCAGUCGUGGCAUGAAUCGCAAUUUGAAUGGCAACCUGAAUAAUAACAACAUGGGCAAUACGAUGAACAAUUGUAUGAACAGCCGCAUGAACAACUGCGGAGUUGGCAAUUCAAUGAACAGUGCAAUUAACGGUGCGAUGAGCGGCGCAGUGAACAAUUCCAUGAACAGUUGCAUGAAUAAGGGAAUGAACAACACCGUGAGCAGCAGUGUGAGUAACACCGUGAGUAGUACCGUAAGUAGCACCGUGAACGUGAACAGGAACUACCAGAAGAGUUCUUCCUACCCGAACAAUCUGUACGCGUUGCUAAAGAGCAAAGAGAACAACGAGGACUUCAGUACCGCAAUGAACACCAUGAACAUAAAGAAUUACAUGAUGAAUAACAACGAUAUGGAGAGCGCAAAUGGCCUUAUAAAUCCCUUCAAUUUGAGGAAGUUGCAAAAUAUAUGUAGCGGAUCGAACGAACCAAACGGUGCCUUCAAGUCCAUCAGCAAAUUGUUGAAUCAGGAUAUGAACAGGAGUCGCCCGAUGAAUGGCAGCAUGCACAGAGGAAGUUUACCCACCCAACUAGGUAACGGCGUGGCGAGUGUAGGUACCGGAAUUUCCAAUUUGGGGAGCAGUAUGACAAACAAUAUGAGCAGCGCCAUGGUGAAUAACAUGUCCGUGAUAUCUAACCUAUCGAGUGGCAAGGCAAAUAUGAGCAACAUGAGCAACAUGAGCAAUAUGACAAAUGUAACCAACAUGACCAACAUGACAAAUAUGAGUAGCAUGACGAACAUGACGAACAUUCCCAGUAAUAUGAACGGUACGCAAUAUUACAAUAUAAGUAAGGCAAAGAAGAGUGAUGUGUUGAGCAAGUACUCCUCAUUCCAAAGUAAGAUUUCAUCCUCCUCCAUGAGAAUAUCAAGCAAUUCUUCAAAGGAAUAUUCACAAAAUAAUGAAGAAAAGAAAUUGGUUGACACUAUUGAACACAUGGAAAUCACAGCACAGGAUAGUGCACUGAAGGUUAUCGAGGAUGAUAACGAAAAGUUGAAUAUUGCAGAUAUUAAAAAUUUUUUAAAAUUGUUGCAAAUGACAAAUGCAAAUAAUUACAAGGAGGAUAGUUUUCUGCUGAGUGAUGAGUUAAAGAAUAGUGGCCACGUUAUGCAUGAGCAGCAACCACAACAAUCACACCAGCCACAGCAAUCGCACCAACCGCAUCAAACACACCACCCGCAUCACGCACAACAUAUGCAACAUACGCAACAUGCACAACAUGCACAACAUGCACAACAGGCCCAACACGCGCUGCAGUAUAACCCCGGGCCCUCGGUGAAGAGCGUAAAGAACCAUCCGAAACAGCAGUCCAAGAAUAUUGAAGUAAUGCAUGGUACACAUUUACCUGAACAUUUCGUACACACUGGCAAUAUGCCCCAUGUGCAAAAUGAUGAAAAUAGGAUGAACAAGUAUGACGUAAAUGGUGAUGCAAAAAAUAUUUACAAGUUGAACAAUAAUUCACUGAUUAGCUGCUCCAAUUUUUGGAAUUACCCAGAAGAUGAGCUGAACACGACAGCAUCGAAAAUUGUACAGAACGUGGAAAUCUUCGACUACUAA